CCGCGGGCGCGGCCCGAUGACGUCGGCCGGAACGCGCGGGGCUGCGCCACGGUGGGUUAGGGCACAGCUAUAAACAAUGGCUGUGGCACUAAGAUGCUUCCGUCAUCUGCCAUCCCUGCUUUGCCGUUCUUCCUUUGCAAUGCGAUGGGGGCUGCCGCAGGCUCCUGCAGCCUGCCCGGCCCUGCUCCUGGAUGGCUGCAGGCAGUCUGUCCAUCAGAUGCAGUUGACCAGACAGCUAGCUACCAAAAAAGCUAAAGGUAAAGGGCAGAGUCAAGCCAGAGUGAAUAUCAGCGCUGCCCUAGUUGAGGAUAUUAUCAAUUUGGAGGAAACCAAUGAAGACAUGCAGGCAGUAGUAGAAGCUCUGAAAGAAGAUUUCAGCAGAAAUCUCAGUGUUAGAACCUCACCAGGGGUCCUUGAUCACAUAAUCGUGGUGACAAAAGACGGGAAGUUUCCGCUGAACCAGCUGGGGCAGAUCUCACAGAAAUCACCGCAGCUCAUAAUAGUGAACAUGACCAAUUUCCCAGAGAGCACAGCUGCGGCUACGAAGGCUAUAAGGGAGAGUGGCAUGAACCUGAACCCAGAAGUGGAUGGGACGCUAAUUCGGGUGCCAAUUCCUAAGGUAACGAGGGAGCACAGGGAGAGCCUGGCCAAGCUGGCCAAGCAGUCCACCAACAAGUCCAAAGAAGCCCUGAGAAAGGUGCGAAGCAAAAGCGUCAACCAAGUAAAGAAGUUCAAGAGCAAAGUGUCUGAAGACACCAUCUGGCUGCUAGAAAAGCAGAUCCAGCAAAUGGCAGACAGCGCUGCAGCGGAGAUGGACAAACUGCUGGCAGCAAAGACCAAGGAGCUGCUUGGAUAAGCGCAGUCCCAAUGGACACACUCCCCCCUCGAGCGAGAACGAACUGCCAUGCACCCCGGUCAUCCCUGCCCAGAGCCAGCAGCCUCGGGCGACGGGCAGCUCUGCCAGGCAUCCGGAGCAGCCCUGUGCUUCGGCUGCUCCGAUUCCCCACCUUGGAUUGUGCUGGAGGGAGGGGGAACUCUCCUCGCUGUUCUUCAUCCAGGUGGGUGAACGAAGAUUAAAAAUAAAACAGCAGGAGGGAGGACUGGAGGCUGCUGGAAGGGCUCCCACACAGAAGCUGAGGCACAGGAGGGACGACUGCCCUGCUGGCCUUGCACCCCAGCCCGUUGGCAUCCCAGCACCUCGCAGCCUGGCAGGAGCGAGGACCACGCGCAAGGGAAACCUGCGCUAUCCUGCUGUGAACGUCAGCAUUUAUUUUUACUUAAAAUAAAGUCAAAAUGAGAUGUGGAGAAGCAACUUUGGGCCAGCCAGUUCCUCAUUGGUGCGUCCCCUUGGGUUCUCGUGUGCCAAAAGAAGUGUUUGCCCAUUGCCGUGGCCAGCAGAGUCACCUGCAGCCUGGCCACCGGGAAGGCGCAAGGGAGCUCAACACUGCCCGGUGCAGCGUGGGCAGGGGAAAGGGGCUUUGUGGUUCCCUCAGCUUCAUGGACAGAGAACUGAAACCAGUGCAGUCAGCAUGGCUGUUUUAGCUAGGACUGAGAAAACAAAAAGCCAACACGAAAACUUUCUGAAACCAGCAUCUGCCCUCCCUGACCAGUUACAGCACACCCGCGCGAGCUGCCAGUACCACGUUUUAGGGGGUGGAGGAGGCAGAAGCAGAACGCAGUCCUGAGCACAUCACACAGCCCAGCUCCUCACUGCCAGCAGGUACUUCCCAAUGGCAGCAAACGGCCUCCCCGCAGCCUCGGGCGGUGGCAAGAGGAGGGAAGGUGGUGGCCAGCAGCACAGCCCCCUCCCAAGGCAUCUGGGUUCAGAGAGCACCAAGUGCUCUGCAGUCCUUAAAUAAACAACUCCCCAAAAGCGAGUUUGUGUGCAGUGGGGAGGGGGAGGAGGAUGAAGGAUUUGCUCUGCUAGGGCCCCACAUGUCAACAAUUUCUCUGCUUUGUGUAUUUUGGCCAAAGCGCUUACCAUGAUAAAUGAAUAAAGGAAAAUGGCGAGCCCAGGGCGGUUACAUGGC